AUGGAGUCCAUGAAGCACACAAUUGCUGAGCUUAGUGAACACUUCAACUCAAAAAUGGCAGAGUUUCAAAAACAACUUCAAACUUCUUCGGCAUCAGCAACAAGCCCAGCUUCUACUAUUGCUACCCAAUUUAGCACUUUUAGAAGUUUCGUUUUGACUGCAUUAGAGGGCCUCCAGAAGCAGCUUGAUGUUCUAUCUAGAAAACAAGAUGAAUUUGAAAUGAGAUCCCGGAAGAAAAUUCUACUAAUCCAUGGUGUUCAAGAAAGUAAGAAUGAAAAAAUGUCCCAAGUUGUUACCAAAAUAAUUUCUGAGAAUUUAGAUAUCCCUCUCAAAGAGGAUGACAUUAGUCAUUGUCACCGCUUAGGGCAUUCUAGAUCUGAUAAACCUAGAGCCGUCCUUGUUAAGUUCAAAAAUUUUUCUCUUCGGAACAAAAUUUGGUAUUCCAAGUCAGGCCUCAAGAAUUCUGGGAUAACCCUGUCAGAGUUUCUCACCAAGGAACGGCAUAGCACAUUCGUGGCAGCCCGACAACGUUUGGGAGUCUCAAAGUGCUGGACAAAAGAUGGAUACGUGGUGGUUGUGGGGGCUGACGGUUCGCAAAGCCGCAUUCUCACGGUGGGUGAACUUAACGCCAUCUCGCCUUUGCCCCAUGACGCGCCAUUGUCGACCUCCAGCGCUCCUCCCGUUUCUUCUGGCCCCAGCAACACAGGCAAAGUCUCCAACAUUAGGACAAAACGAGCUAUCAAAAAG